CAAUUGUUUGGAAUUUUCAUCAUUUUGCAAACACAAAUUAUUCGGUCGUCGGUGUCAGCUGCACAGUUUUGCGGAUUCCUAAGUAAAGUGCAGAAUAUUCAUAGUAUCCCAACACAAUAAGCAAAUUUUUGCAAAUCCAAGUGUUAUAUUUGUUUAACAAGUGCAAAAUCUUAAAUAGUGAAAAUUGCGAAUCCAGUUGAUUGCAGAUGUAGUUAUAUACAUAUACGAAAGCAUAUAUAAAGUGAAAAGUGUAUCGGAAAGAACACGAAUAUUCUAAGAGCGAAUAAAAAAUUUCCCGUGUUUUCUAAAUACACAAUAUCUUCAUUUGCAUUAUAAUCGGAGCUAACAUAGAUAACCACUGUUUUCAAGUGUUUCAUUUAGUGCUGUUUUCUGCAAAGUUCCACAAGAAAAAUUUUCGCCUGCUCCAGCUGAUUUCUGGUUAAAUUGUGAACUGUGCUGUGGCAGGAAGCAUAUUAGGCUAAUUUCAACAACCCACUCAAGAACUUCGCGAAUUCCGCAUAAAUUUUAAAACCCCACACAAACACACUCACCAGAGACACGUCGAAGAUGUCGGCGUCCCGCGCCAACACCCCACCUUCCGAAUCAGACGAGGCGACGUCACACAACAAUAGUGGUGAAACGAAUCACAACAACAACUUAAAAUUAAAAUCAACACAGAAUGGCGACGGCAGCAGCAGCAACGACAAACUCUCGCCAGAUCAAGAUAUAUACAUAAAUCAAGCCGAUGGCUUACCUAGCCAACAUCCCACAUUACCCGAAGGCGAUGUAGACAGCGACAGCGAAAAGGAAGCUGUCGAUCCGGAUUCCUUCGACGAUUUGCCCACAUCCAUAAUUGUGACCAAUAUACACUCGGAGGUGUUUACCAAUCCAGAACUGAAACAACAAAUGGAGGAACUCUUUCGUACCUUCUGUGAUUCGGCGACCUUCCAGUGGUUACGUAGCUUCCGACGUUUGCGCGUCAACUAUGACAAUGCCAUAGCAGCAGCCAAUGCACGCAUCAAAUUGCAUCAGUAUGAAUUUAAUAAGAAGACGACGAUAACUUGUUACUUUGCACAGCCCGUAACGCCAGUCUCGAAUAAGAAUCUACAACCACCAGCGCCGGUCAAGCAAUUCCUAAUCUCGCCACCAGCUUCACCGCCAGCCGGUUGGGAGCCACGCGAAGAGAACGAGCCGCUGGUCAAUCACGAUCUCUUGGCGGCGUUGGCCAGCCUAACGCCCGGCGAAUCACACGAGCUGCAUCCCCAGACCGAAGAUCAGCCGGGCAUUAUUGUGCACACGGCCAUGUUGCCAGAGGGCGCGGUAAGCGCACCAACACUAGCGGUUGGCGCCAAACCGAACAUAGUGCAAACUAAAUGUCCGGAGCGUGCGUAAAGUGGGACAACGGAACGUUCCUGCGUUGGAUGUGCUGCUGGACGGGCUGGACGAAUUAGUUUUAAGUACAAAGGCAGGUGCUGAGCACUGAAUUGAAAGUGAAACGAAGUUAAAGCGUAACUAGUUAAUGCAAAUACAAAUUUAGUACAGCAAUCAACUAAAAAAAAAAAAAA